AUGGCGGGACAACACGAUGAGCACGGCGCACCAGCUGCAGCAAGCCGUGCUGGGCGAGGAGCAAGCUGGAUGGUCGAUGGGGAAGCUCCAGACGAGUCAGCUCCACGCAUCGGGAUCAGUCCAGCAGGAGGAGAGGAGCAGCAAUAUCGGCAAGGAAAAGCAUUGGGCGACGAUCGGUUGGAGCUCAAGCGGGAUCCAGAUUGUCCGAUCGAGGUUGUUGCCAUGGGGACUCGGCUGGGGGCGGCUGGCCAGCCUCGUGGGUUGAUGAUGAGAUUGUGUGAAGGCGAAAUGAACCAGCUGCAUGUGAAGGAGAAGUGGUACCGAGUGGAGACAAUGUGGUUUACGGGCAAUGCGUUGGAUUGGAGUCAUUCGAAAUGGAGCUAUCGAUCAAACUACUGUGAUCGGUCUCAACGAUGGCGUCAAUGCGAGUUUGGAAAGGACCCUACAAAUAGCCAGCAAUUGGAACACGCGGGCGGGAACCGUGGAUGGGAUGAAGCGCCGACCGAUGAUUGUUCCAGUAGAUACCAUCUAACUGUAUCUACUGUAGAUAGGCAGAGUCAGUCGCGCGGUAAACAAACGCGUAUCUCCAGCUACUUCAACACCGUCUUUUCCUCUCGUCAUCCUCACUUGUUCUCUUCUCUCUCCUCUUUUCUUUCUAUCCUCAUCCCCUCCUCUCUCCACCUUCUACUUCUUCCAUUCCAUUCUUCCACCCCUCCCUUUCUUUCUUAA